GCAAAGAACAAACCCAAGCCCAAGCUGCAACACCAAUAUACCUAUUAUAUAUGCAUGCAAUUAAGGAACCCUAACCAUGCAACAAUCAACAAUCUACUCAUUCUUUCACCAAUUUUCCUGUACCAUCACUACUUCUUACUACUAAUUAACAACAUCUCAACGGUUCGCAGUCGAUGGCGAACGACGGAUUAAGGCCCGUCGUCUCCCUUCUUCUCUUCCUCAAUUUCUGCAUGUAUGUCAUUGUAGCGGUCAUCGGAGGAUGGGCCAUUAAUAUCGCCAUCGAUCGAGGCUUCAUCAUAGGUCCAGAGCUUGUACUCCCAGCACAUUUCAAGCCGAUUUUCUUUCCGAUCGGGAACUUUGCCACCGGCUUCUUCGCGAUCUUCGCAGUGAUUGCUGGAGCUGUCGGGGCGGCUUCGGCAGUCGCGGGUUUCAGCCACGUUAGAUUCUGGAACUAUGACAGCCUGCAGCCCGCUGCUUCGUCUGCUAUCAUUACAUGGUUUCUCACCCUCUUGGCUGCCGGAUCUUCAAACGACAUGACCGUCGACGACACGACGGCUUUAGCGGCCCCCGGAAACGGCCGAACCGUGUGCGUCACCGGCGCGGGGGGCUUCAUCGCAUCGUGGCUCGUCAAGCUCCUCUUGGAGAGGGGCUACACUGUCAAAGGAACCAUAAAGUGGUUGGAGUUUGAGGUGGUGGCUCCUGAUAAACCUUUGAGGCUGAUGACUUUGGUGGUGUAA